AUGAGCGAUUUUAAAAAAGUAGAAAACAAAAAAAAGAGGAGAAAUGAAUAAACUAACAACCCAAAAAAUACUGAAGAUUAGGAACUUAGAAAUUACAUUGUAAAGAAACUCAAAAUGAACUCAGAAGAAAAAGAAAAUGUUGAUAUUGUCUAAUAAAAAGAGUAGCAACUUGGUAUAAUUAAUGUGACUAAUAAUGGUAAGUCAAAAAUAAAAAAGUUAGUAUCUUAAGGUAUGAAUGAAUUAAAUACAUUAAAAAAAGUAACAAUGUAAGCAAAAGAUAAAUCAAUUAGUAAACUUAUAAGUGUAAUAGAAAUAAUAAAAUAAACUUUAGGUAAAUCAAAUAUAAUAUAAUAAAAUCACAUUUAUAACAUGCAAGAUUAAUAAUGCAAAAAGUAGGCUUGCAUGAAAAUAAGUUUAAUUUAUAAUCCUGAUAAAGGAAUAGAGGUUGCUCAAAACUGA